AUGUCCUUCUCAGCCCGUACCCGAAAGACCAACAAAAAGAAUUUUCCACUGGAAUGUCUUCUAAUGCCACAAGUUCCACGUAGUAAUUACUUGCAUUUUCAGGAAGAAAAGCAAAAACUACAACUAAAGAAAUUCCUUCUUCAUAGGAUGUUCCUAGUGGCCAGGGUAACAGCAAACAUAGAAAAAAAAGAUAUUGCUGAAUACUAUGAACAAUUGUUUCAGUCAAUUUUGAAACAUCACCCAGGAGAAGCAGUGACAGGAUUAUUGCUCAUAUAUCCUAAUUCCAUUGUGCAUAUCCUGGAGUCCUCCAAUGGUACUCUUUACCAAAUUCUUUUGGAUUAUCUUAGCCAUGAAAAGGAUGAAACAGAAUUUUUUAUCCAAGGAAUGAAAAUUAUAGUCACAGUACACAAUAUACCAACAAGGCUCUUUAUGCAAUGGCAUGUUUCAGUAAUAAAAGCGCCAGUUAUGUAUCUUGAUGAUGUGACACAGUCACUGUCCCUACAAGAGGUCAUGACAGAAUUUCUCAUCCAAACCCAUAAACUAGUACUCCAUCUUUUUAAGACUGUGAAAGUGGGCACUAAAGGACCAGGCGAUAAUUUGCACCAAGUUGCACCUGAAUUACUCCUUCCAGAACAAAUAAUAAAGUACAUAUGCAAUUCUGCAGAAUUAAUGGACCCAGAAACUUUCAUAAACAUGUAUAAUAAACCCAUACAUGUCACCUUGGAUUCUGAGGUGGUAUGGCCCACUCCUUCCAGCUUCUAGGAUGAAGAGAGAUGAUGUGGUCAGUGUAGUCAAAUCUCUUAAGGAAUGUAUGCUACUUAAAUAAAAGGAAAAUAUUUCUAAAGUUACUUUUCUCUUUAAAAAAGGAAAGAAACAACACAGCAAUCUACA